AUGGCACCCAACAAACCAGCCAUGUUCAAGGUCCUCACCCCUCGCUUGGUGCGGGUGUACCUGUUCGCCUCGAAUUUCGGGUAUGACAACAACUGGUGGUCUGGUGUGAUCGCUCUCGACAGAUUCGUCCAGGACUACGGCAAGUCUCACGGUCCAGGUGAGGCCAGAACUCUGCCAUCGUCCUGGCUUUCGGCUGCGAGUGGGACUCCUCUGGUAGGCUGGAUCCUGGGAUGUGCUCUUGCGAGCUAUCUCAAUAGCCGAUUUGGGCGCAAGAAGACGCUUGUCAUUCUCUGCAUCAUCGCCCUUGUUGGCAUGAUCAUUCAGUGUGCGGUCGCCAACUAUUGGGCCCUUAUGGUGGGACGACUCAUCAACUCCUUUUCUAUGGGCAAGCCAAUUCAAUCUCCUCAGCCCUACUGA